GUCAUUUUGAAAUAAUUGUCUCUGGCGAUCACUGAGUAUCACAGUAUCCUCAGUGCUAUCGUCAUCCAACUAUAAUAUCAGAUCCGGGAAAUCCGCCAAUGUCUUCCAUUUUACUCCUGGGGAAGUGAUUUCGUGGCACACUACAAGUAGCACCUCGUGGCCGUAGACUACAAUUUUAAAUUAUAGUCAGUUUCAGGCGAAUAAGAGAUAUUUCUCGCAACAUAUGGUGUGUAGUCCCGGGCUUAUUAUCCGUGCCAAUGGCAAGUGUGUUCGCCAGCAGUCAUUUACUGACUGAAGCACCAAGGGUUGCAGUUCGGUUCGAGCAGGAUGAAGGCAGAACUUUGAGAGAAAUUCGGCGGCAGUUCGGAUUAUUUGAAGCUGAGCUGCGGGAAUUGAAUAGUCCUGGUCGUCAAGCGAACCGCACCAAUCCCGAUUACGCAGUUGAGCGUGGCAAAGAAUAUGAGCUGGUUGCUGCCACGAAAAAUAGAGGCUGGUCAAAAGAUACAUGCCGUAAUGCAUCUCAGCUAGUGAUGCAAGCAAUUAAUAUCCCAUCGGAUUGCUGGCAGCGGCCAGUGGAGGUAGUCAAUAACUCAGUCAGUGUGCUCAUGCUGCUAGUGUUUCGAUUGUUUCGACUGGUGAUUGCAUCGUGGAUGUUUACGCUGGGACUCGCCUCCACUGGGUUUACAUUACCUGUGCAGGGUUUGUACCAUUUGUUCAGCAUGGCGUUGCGUGUCCUUGCUCCGGAGUACUCAGCCGACCUUCCACCUCUACGGCACACCCCGCAGUUCAUGUUCAUCUCCUUCAGCUGCUUCUUGGCACUGAUUGGCUCGUCGUUUGUGUUUAUGAUGCUGUUGAUGUCCCUAGUCUCUCAGGCGUUCAUUUGCGUGCUGGAGUUACUAGUCCGCUCCAUGGCCAGCCUGACGUGGGUCAUUGCCGUGUGUCUCGGUGGUAGUGGCUUCAGUGCCCGCAAGCGCAUUGACCUGCUCUUCUUCCUGGUCAGCCUGCCAUGGCUCAACGGCGUGGUAUUCAUGAGCGCCGAGUUCAUGUCCCGCCUAACCUACCUUCUCGCGACCUACUUCUUGAUGCUCAGUCGACACAAGCUGGCUACGCUAGUGUCUCUGCGACCGGCUGGCUCCCCGGCUCACAGACCUGCUCUCAUACAGUAUGUGUUGGUGUGGGCUUUCCCAGCAGUGUGUCUCUUAGUUCAUCAUUACCAUGGGAGAAUGAGUGCGCUCUAUGCAUGCUGGUCAUUGCUUGGGCUCUCAUUGCUCGUCCCCUUCCUCAUAGACCGUGAGUCAUGGAAUCCGCUGGGCUCAUAACUAUUGCCCAUCACACUAAAGUGUGUUUGAUUGGGAAUUUGCUUGAUGGGACAUCUACAUGUAUGUGUGUGUGUGUGUGUGUGUGUGUGUGUGUGUGUGUGUGUGUGUGUGUGUGUGUGUGUGUGUGUGUGUGUGUGUUUGUAUGUGCAUUUCAAGUAGGAAAGUGUGUGUGUGUAUGUGAAUUUGUGUGUAGUUUUGUAGCUCCAAGACUUUUCUGCUAGUGUCUUGCCGGCUGUGCUGUACUUCAAGUUUCUUGGUCCACGGCUUAAUAUCUUAGCUUGUCCUCCUGGCCCACAGCUUGCUGGUAGCGUAGCCUUUAGCCUUCUGAUCGCCUUUUUUAAAAUCUCAAGCUGCCGGUGCGGUGUUAUUUGUUUCUUCUUUUAUAUCCAGCCAGGGUUCUUAUCAUUGGUUUUAGUUUGAUCCUCAACACAAGUCCUACAUUCUGCUCAUUUCAGAAAGAAGUCGCUGCUUCAGCAUUAUACCUAACCAGCAUGCUCAUAUCCCGAAAGAAACUCUUCAAACACAACAAUUCUUCUCAUCUCCUAACAUAUUUUACCUUGCCUCCUGAUCCUGGACGCUAUUCAAAAUUUAUACUGAAAAAACGUUUUUUAAAUGUUUUUGUUCUGACACUAGUGGUGUGGUGUCCUGCUGUACUAUGAUUAACUAACUCUUACCGAGCUGAGCGAGAACUGUACAGCAUGUAUUUGCCUGGAUCACCUUUCUGCGUCUGGCAUCAUCCUAUUAGGCUUUUCUUUGAUUUUAUCUUAAAUUAAUCUGACUUAAAAUAUCAGUGUGAGAGCUAGUACAAGUUUUAUGUACUCAGGAA